AUGGCCGCCAAGUCGACAACGAAGAAGUUCCCCGAAGUCAAGGGCGGAGGCAGUCUGAUUCUGGCAUGGCAGAUCAAGGGAAAGAAGGUUCUGGUUGUUGGAGGAGGCGAGGUUGCCGCCGGUCGGAUCCUCAACUGCCUCGAUGCCGAUGCCAAUGUCACCGUUGUCUGCCCCGCCUCUGGCCUCAACCCCGAAGUAGCCCACCGUGUUGAACAAGCCAAAGUUACCCACAUCGAUCGUCUCUUCGAACCCUCUGACUUAGAUGGCGCAGCCAUGGUUCUUGUUGCCAUUGACGACCCGGCCGCCUCUACUGUAAUCUGGAAGUUGUGCAAGGAGCGCAAAGUGCCCGCCAACAUCGCCGACGUACCCCCAGAAUGCGAUUUUUACUUUGGCAGUGUCCACCGUGACGGCCCCCUUCAAAUUAUGGUUAGCACCAAUGGCAAGGGCCCCAGACUGGCUGCCAUCAUCCGGCGGCAUAUCGCAAAGUCACUUCCCAAGAACGCCGGCAACGCCAUCGAGGCCAUUGGUACACUCAGGGCGAAACUGCGCAAAAUGGCUCCGAACUCGGAGGAAAGCCCUAAGCGCAUGGGCUGGAUGAUCAAAGUCAGCAACAAGUUCGACUGGGAGGAAAUCUGCGAUCUCACCGACGAGGACAUGGAGAACCUUCUCAGAUUCUAUGCGACAAACGAGGUGCCUACAAUCGACGACCUCUUAGCCAUGAGGGAAAACCCUGGCUUCAACAAGAUGGACGUGUUUGACGGGUCCUUUGGUUUUUCCGUAGGCGCAUGA